UUAGGCUUUUGAGACUAGGAAUUAAAGGAGAGAGCGGCGCAGACAGACAGACAGACAGACAGACAGACAGACAGUGCCUUUUGCUUUACUUUCAAACAUUUUGGGUUAAAAAGAAAACAACAACAAACACACGAGCAUGUCAGUGGCGGGCGCAGUGCCGUUCAUGAGGCCGCUCCAUAUCCGCUCUCCGGUGUCGCAGGGCCGCCGACACACGCUGCCGGCCAGCGAGUUCCGCUCCCUCAGCCCGGAGGAUGCCAUCAGCGUGUUCGAGAUUGAGAGAGAAGCUUUCAUCUCAGUGUCUGGGGAGUGUCCUCUGCACCUGGACGAGGUGCGUCACUUCCUCACCCUGUGCCCUGAGCUGUCUCUUGGCUGGUUUGAGGAGGGACGUCUGGUAGCUUUCGUCAUCGGCUCACUGUGGGACCAGGAGAGGCUUAAUACGGAUGCCCUCACUCUCCACAAGCCCCACGGGACCACGGUCCACAUCCACAUCCUGGCGGUCCACCGGACCUUCCGCCAGCAGGGCAAAGGCUCCAUCCUGAUGUGGCGCUACCUGCAGUACCUCCGCUGCCUGCCCUCCGUCCGCCGCGCCGUGCUCAUGUGCGAAGACUUCCUGGUUCCCUUCUACCGGAAGUCGGGUUUCAAGGUGCAGGGCCCGAGCAGGAUCACAGUGGGGCCCCUGGCCUUCAUCGACAUGGUGUACCCGGUCAGGGGCCACGCCUUCAUGCGUCGGAACAGCGGCUGUUGAGGACAGAAGGACUAUCUCCCUGGCAUUCAGUGGCGGCGGGACCACGGCCCUCUCGGAGACGUCGGAGCGGCACGCCAGCGGCCGGCGUGGCGCUCGUGAGCAUCGCUGUGGCGAGACCGGUCGGUCAGGCGGCGAAGGAGAGCGUUCUGACCGCAGGUCCGCAGACAGCCGAGAACGAGGAGCUGCCACCCAGCUGUCGGCAACAGCUGGAUGGACAAGUGGUCGGAAACUAUAAGUGUAUUGAUCUGUAGUUUAAACAGCUAAUCCUUAGAGCAAAGCACUGAAAGAAUGAACGCACUUUUGUAUGGAGCUUUAUUUUGAAAAAUGUAUUCUCAUUCAAUAGAACGCAGCUGCCUUGUUUCUUUCUUUGCCCUCUUUUUUUACAUGUGCUAUUUAACCAAUCGAACACUGUGUCUGCCCAAUAUUAUUGCAGUCUGUUAUUUAUAGUUCUGUAUAAACAGCGUGCUUUAGAAGACACGUUCAAUAACUAUGACGACGAUACGACUAAAGUCAAACCAGCAAGGAAGAUGGAAUAAGAACACAAAGUGAGGAAAUCAGCAACCAAACAUCAGAUAAUAAGUCACUGUGUGUGUCUGUUUUUUAAAUUAGGAUUUGAUUUGACCCAGUCUCAAUCAGUGAUUGUUGCUUGUACACAGAAAAUCACCGAUGUAUAUUUAGUGUGUUUCCUACAUAUAUAUGUGCUUCGAAAGGAGUCCUUGAUCGUCUCCUUUCGCCUUUCCCUUUGUAGAAAAUCCCCACCUUCGUUCUUCAAAUAUUAAAAGUUCUAUUUUCUAGCA